AUGGCAGAGUGGUGGUAUAAUACUUCAUAUCACACAUCUUUGAAAAUAACCCCUUUUCAAGCCCUGUAUGGUUAUCCACCUCCACAAAUUGGAGAACUUUCCAUUCCAUGUAACAUCUCAGAUGAGGCCAGAAUCACUAUAGAAGAGAAAGAAAAGAUGUUGAAGGAAUUGAAACUGAACUUAUCUAAGGCUCAGGAAAGGACUAAGCAUUUUGCUGAUAAGGGCAGGACUGAGAGAAGUUUCACUGAGGGAGAUAUGGUGUAUUUGAAGCUUCAACCAUACAGGUAUAAUGCAUUUGGACUAAGAGGUUCAAUUAAACUAAGGUCUAAAUACUAUGGACCCUUCAGGGUGAUUAAAAGGGUGGGAAUGGCGGCUUAUAAGCUUUUGCUACCAGAUGGAGUGAAUAUUCAUCCAGUCUUCCAUGUAAAUCAAUUAAAGAAGCAUUUGGGGGCUAAAGCUGUGCCAUUACCCAACUUACCUCUAGUGACAGCUGAAGGCAAGAUUAAGACAGAACCUCUGAAGGUGCUAGAACGGAGGAUUGUGCCCAGGAAUCAUGAGGCUGUAGCUCAAUGGCUUGUUCAAUGGGAAAACCUAUCUGCUGAUGACUCAACCUGGGAAGAUGCUAAGUUUAUCCAAUCGGUGUUUCCACACUUUAAUCCUUGA